UUUUCACCUACAGGGAGGAUGAAAUCAAAAUGAGGAGGCUGUUACCUUCGCUUAAGCAGCCAAGAGACACCCCCCACCCACCGAGGAUCGUUGUUGAUGUCUACCCUUCACAUUCGUUUCCUGCUUGCUUCAAUUUGAAGAAAUUGAAGGAAUUAGAAGCUAUUCAUCUAUCGAUUAUCUAUCCACAUGAUGGAAACUGGAAAGAGUCAAGUCAGGGGUUGUUGGUGACAAUCAAUUAUACGAGGGCACUACCGAAUCAUCAUUAUAAUGAAAGAGUGAAGCAGGCCGUACUAGACAGAAUGAAGAAGGGUAAUAUUCUUCACAUGUAAUCCUGCAAAUUGAUCAGACCUAGACAACCAAAAAAGGCACGGAAGCUUUAAUUUUAUUCUUUUACAAUGAUAUUGUUCUCUAAGAAUGAAAUUGAAUUUUAUUCUUUAAUUUUUUUUUUCAUAUCAUAAUGCAAACACGUGUUCAUUCUAUGAGAAUAUAAAUAUUACAUAAAACA